GCCAGGGACGUGAUCUUUGCUCUCAGAAAGGGAGGAACUAUUUUGAGGUCCUCGAUGCCGCCUGGUUCUGCGCAGGGCCUGGCUAAAUUUCACCUCACUGACCUACAGCCCAGCGAUGCCGGAAGGUACACCUGUGAGUACAGCAGACGAAAGGUCCCCUCCACAACGUCACAGCGCAGUGAUGUCCUUCUGCUGUUGGUUACAGGAUCUUCACCUAAACCAAUCUUCCAAGCCCAUCGAGGUCAUAGGGUGGCUAUAGGACAAAACGUGACUCUGUGGUGCCAGAAGCCAGACCAUUUCAGUGGAUAUAAAAUGUUUGUUCUGCUGAAGGCGGGAACGUCACUGCCCAUACAGCAAAAGAGUUCGGAAGGGAACAGGGUGGAGUUCUCCCUCCAGAAGGUGAGAGUCGGUGACACUGGGAACUACAGCUGCGUGUACCAUCAGACAAUGGCCCCUUUCCACGCCUCGAACCCCAGCGAUCAUCUUGCGAUCUGGGUAAUAGGGUAUUUACCUAAGCCUUCCCUCCGUGUCCACGGAAGUCCUAAGGUGACCGCUGGAGAAAAGGUGACUCUGUGGUGCCAGAAGCCAGCCCACGUGACUGGGUUUAAAAUGUUUGCUCUGCUGAAGGCAGGAACGCCGUGGCCCAUACAGGAAAAGAGUUCAGAAGGGAGCGAGGUGGAGUUCUCCCUCCAGAACAUGGCACUUGGUGACUCUGGGAACUACAGCUGCGGGUACUACCAGACCACUGCCCCUUUCUGGGCCUCCUACCGGAGCAGUUAUCUCGAGAUCUUGGUGACAGCUCCCGCAGGGACCGCGUCAGCCGAUUACACCGCGGGUAACCUCGUCCGACUGGGUGUGUCGGCCUUCGUCAUGCUCGCGAUGGGCGCUUUGCUGGCCGAAGCCUGGCGUAGCCGGAACGAGUCUCCCAGGGACUCCAGACCGCACAGCUGCGGAGGGAAACGAUGACAUAGACCUGCUGGCCCUUAAGACUUUUCUGUGCAACCUGCGUUCCCAGCUCCAGGACGGGAUGAUGGCUUUCUUCUUCCUGCAUUCCUCACCUGGCACAGAGGAUAGAACUGGACAUAAGCCUCACCUAAUACGUGUUUGUGCACUUGCAUAGACACUAAAAACGUCAGUGUCCGGCAGGGCAGCAGGUCCACUCUCAGCAGCUGGGAACUCUUCCUCCAUUUGAAAGUGGAGGAAACGUCGCUUCCUAUGUAA